CCACCUCUGCAUAUCUAACUGAUAUAUUUAGCCGAUAUAUUUACUCUGCUCGUGUCGUGGUUAGCAGCAUAUCGCUCAGACAGAAACAGCUGAUCAUGCACCGAGACCCCAUCCUUCUAUAAUCCUAACAGUACCAUUAAGGAUUCUGCAAAAUGAUGUCUAGAUGCUCCACCGGCCAUUAAAAUGAAUAUUUGUUUAAUGCCUGUGCUAGCUUUAACAUUUUUGUUAAAAAAAAUCUAAGGUUUAACAUUCACAAUCUAUGAAACACACCCAGGACCGAAUACAUACUGUCUGAAUUCUUUCUUCAAGAAGAGGAUAUUACAGUGUGCUUGCCAGUCUUUCUUCAUUAGCAAAAGGAUUGUUUUAUUCUCAGAAGCAGGAAGAUCCAGCCACUUGGAAAAGGGUUUGAAAUGCCUACCACUGUGUGGUUGCAGAAUUUGGAGUUCACCAAGCGGUGUUUAGUGAUUGGACUCAUCUUGCAUCACCAGUUGGUGACAUUUUUCUUUGUUCCCUCCUACCCAGUUGAACCAAGACUGUAGCUGAUAUGCAAUGUCACUUACAACAUUAAUCAGAUACUGCAUUUAAGAUCACUAUAUCCCCAGCUGUGAAGCUGACAUGUUUUUGUAAGAUUUCUUUGAGAGACACCAUUGCAAAGUGGAAGGAGAGCUGGCCCCAGGCUCAAAAAGGCCUGGGUUCAGGUGCUACCUCUGACACAACGUUGGCUGUAUCAUCCUGAGCAAAUCAUCUAACUUCUCAGUACCCCAGAUGACAGUCAUGUCCCACUCAAAGGACCUCAAAGAUGACUUUCACAGUGACACAGUGCUCUCCAUCUUAAACGAACAACGAAUUCGGGGAAUUUUAUGUGAUGUCACCAUCAUCGUGGAGGACACCAAAUUUAAAGCCCACAGCAAUGUCCUGGCAGCUUCAAGCCUUUAUUUCAAAAAUAUAUUUUGGAGCCGUACUAUCUGCAUUUCCAGUCAUGUCCUGGAGUUGGAUGACCUCAAGGCUGAAGUGUUUACAGAAAUACUUAAUUAUAUCUACAGUUCUACAGUGGUUGUGAAGAGACAGGAAACAGUGACUGAUCUUGCAGCUGCAGGAAAAAAGCUGGGAAUAUCAUUUCUGGAAGAUCUUACAGAUAGCAAUUUCUCAAAUUCUCCAGGUCCCUAUGUAUUUUGCAUAACAGAGAAGGGUGUGGUUAAAGACGAAAAAAAUGAAAAACUAUCUGAAGAACCAGCUAUUGCCAACGGACCAAGGAUCACAAAUGCAUUUUCCAUCUUUGAAACCGAAAAUAAUAACAGCAUGUUUUCUCCUCUCGACUUGAGGGCAAGUUUUAAAAAGGUCUCAGAUUCAAUGAGAACAUCGAGCUUUGGCCUAGAAAGGAACGAUGUCUGCAAUGAAGCUGAACCCGUCAGGACACUGGCUGAACAUUCCUAUGCUGUUCCAUCGGCGGCUGAUGCUUUUCAAGGACGUCCUUCAUAUGAGUCUGCUGCCAGCCCACCUUAUAUGAGAACUGAAGAAAAUUGUGAUGAGGUGCCAGCAAAGACACAAACAUGCAGGACCCCCAAGACACCCCCAAGACCCCAAGUUUCCAGUUCUGCAGUGGCAAAAAUACCACCCCCUCAAGGAACCAGCACAGAGGUUCAUCAAGAAAAAACCCCAGAUCCAGCCAUUCCUUCCAUUUCAGAGUCUCACAAGAGUCAAGAAGACAGCCAUUUUCCCAAGGAAAAUGAAAACCCACCUGCUAACAUUCCUGAAUCAUCACCCCCAGCCCUUCCUCCUCUUCCUUCUCUUCCUCCCCUCCCUCCCCUCCCUCCCCCUCCUCCUCCUCUUCCUCCUCAUCUUCCUCCUGUUUACGACUGUACUUUUUGCUCCAAAUCAUUUGAAAAUCCAGCCUUACUGGAAUCCCACCUGCAGCUCCACACAAAGCCUCCGGAAGCUUUCAUGUGCAAAUACUGCGACAAACAAUUUACCACCUCCAACAGGCUGGACAAGCACGAGCAGACCUGCAUGAACUCAGACCGUCUCCCUCUUCCUAGUGGAAACCAACAGAGCUUUUCAUCUCCAGAUGGAAAAACUGAAAGUUCUUACAAAAGUCCUGAAAUGCAGUCAUCUGAGAAUAAGAUGGGUGAACAUUCCGGCACAAGCCGGACCUUGCCAGAAGUAGAACAUACAGUGAAGGUUGUGGAUGGGCAAAUACUCUAUACGUGUGUUGUGUGCAAGCGUAGUUAUGUAACUCUAUCUAGUCUCCGAAGACAUGCCAAUGUUCACUCAUGGAGGAGAACCUACCCUUGUCACUAUUGCAGCAAAGUGUUUGCUUUGGCAGAAUAUAGGACCAGGCAUGAAAUUUGGCACACUGGAGAAAGACGGUAUCAGUGCAUCUUCUGCCUGGAAACUUUCAUGACCUACUAUAUCCUUAAAAACCAUCAGAAAUCCUUCCAUGCAAUUGACCAUCGGCUUCCCGUGAAUAAGAAGACAGCCAACGGAGGCCUGAAGCCUAAUAUCUAUCCUUAUAAGCUCUACAGACUGCUGCCUAUGAAAUGCAAAAGGGCUCCCUAUAAGAGCUACAAACAUUCUUCCUAUGAAAAUCCACAAGAAAGCAGCCAACCUGCUGAGGCUGCUCCUAGUUCCUGCAUUAUUAAGAAUCCAAGAAGCUCUGAAUUGCCUACUUUAACUCUUCAAGACAAUGUGAACAUGCUGUCAAAUAGUCCAGCCACUUCGCCCAAUGCCUCUUCAGGUAUAGAAGAUCAUCAAACCACAGAUUCUCAAAAUGGGGCCUUGUGGGGAGGUGGUGGUGGUGGUGGUGGUGGUGGUGGAGAAGGAGGAGGAGGAGGAGGAGGAGGAGGAGGAGGAGCAGGAGCAGCAGCAGCAGCAGCACCAGGAGGAGGAGAAGGAGCAGGAGCAGGAGCAGGAGGAGGAGGAAGAGCAGGAGAAGCAGGAGCAGGAGGAGGGCUGCUGAGUCCUGUUAAAAAUAACUUUAGUCCUGUUGAGAAGCCAGUUCCCUCAGGGGGAAAAAGUCUCGCUUCUGGCUCACAGGGUGGAGGUGAUGUGACAAUUCCAUCCUACAGUAAUGUCAGUGAAAAUGCCACAUCGGUCAUAAGUUACAGCAGCUCAGCCCCAUCUGUCAUUGUUCACAGCAGCCGGGUUUCCUCGGUGAUAAUGCACAGUAAUGCAGUCACCGCCAUGACAAGCAGUAACGCCAUCUCUUCAAACACUGCUGUUAACUAUUCCCCAAGAGAUGACAGUAAGCAUGCUGAGAACUUUGGCAAAAUCCCCAGCAAAAUCAAAAGCAUUAAGGAGAAGAAGAAAGUUGUGCCCUACAGCAGGGGAGAAGCAUUUGAGGAGGCAAAAUAUGCCCCCAGCUCUGGAGGUCCUUUGAGUAAAACCACUAGUGUUAUUGAGGAAACCAGUAAAACUGAAACAUAUAUUGCAAAACCUGCCUUGCCUGGAACAUCAACCAACAGUAAUGUUGCACCUCUCUGCCAGAUAACAGUAAAAAUUGGGAAUGAGGCUAUUGUGAAAAGACACAUUCUGGGGUCCAAACUGUUUUAUAAAAGGGGGAGAAGAUCCAAACAUGAGCAUCAAGAAGACAGUUUGCUUCAAGAAAGCAACAGGGAGCGAAGAGAGAGCAGCCCAGCCCGGCUGAACCGAUCGGAAUGUGUGGAAAUGAGUGAAAUGUUUGAUGAAGGGAGCGACCAGGAUUCCACAGACAAGCCGUGGCGUCCGUACUACAAUUAUAAACCCAAGAAGAAAUCCAAACAAUUAAAGAAAAUGAAGAAAGUCAAGUGGAAGAAAAGACAUGGAAACAGAAGUCCAAGGGAACACACAAACUCAAGUGACAUGGACUCUGCCGUCAAAAAGAGCCCUAAGGAAAAGGUCAUUGAAGGAGAAGAAAAUAAGGAGAUGCCCAGCCUUCACUGUGAGCUUUGUAUUGGGGAUAAAGUAUCUGCCGGACACCAAGGACAGACCCACUGGCAUCAUACCACAUCUAAGCCUCACACAUGUGAACUAUGCCAAAAGCAAUUCCAGAGCCCUUCCAACCUCAAAAUGCAUAUGAGAUGUCACACUGGAGAGAAGCCUUACUCUUGCAAAACAUGUGGAAGGUGUUUUUCCGUUCAAGGGAACUUACAGAAACACGAACGCAUUCAUCUUGGGGUCAAAGAAUUCAUCUGUCAGUAUUGUAAUAAGGCAUUCACUUUAAAUGAAACCCUCAAAAUCCAUGAAAGAAUUCACACGGGUGAAAAACGUUAUCGUUGUCAGUUCUGUUUGCAGAGCUUUCUGUAUCUGUCCACCAAAAGGAAUCAUGAGCAGAAGCAUAUUCAUGAGCAUAAUGGAAAGGGCUAUGCCUGCUUUCAAUGCCCCAAAAUCUGCAAAACAGCAGCUGCCUUGGGAAUGCACCAAAAGAAACAUUUAUUCAAAAGCCCCAGUCAGCUGGAGAAGAAAGAGGAUGGGGGCAAUGAAAUCCCUAAGCCUUUUGAGAAUCAACAUUUCAUUGACUCAGGUGGAAACAAGGUGAAGGAAACCCUACAUACUAUGUCUGAAGAUGUUCUCCUUUGAUUGACAGUGGUGGGAAACCCACUAGACAAUGAUUUUUUUUUGUUUUUAGGUAACAGACAUAAAUGGGUGAAGUGUAGAGGAAAUUCAAAUUUGUGUAAGUUCCUGAAACAUGACACUUUUUCUUCCUAUUCAUAGGUUUCAGCAUUAACUAUAAAAGCAAAAUGUACCAGAACAUAAAAACUGAGGCUUCGUAUUCCCCAAGUAUUAUGUGAGGGUAAAUGAUAUUCUUAGCUAUGAUAUUUCUGCCAGUGAGUACUUUGUAAUUUAAAAGGAAAAGAAUCAGCCUAACGCUUUUUUUGUUGAGCAUUGUUAGGAGCUGGCAAACUGGCUAUGAAACACUGAACUGAAAUCACUUUGAAGAAAAUAAGAGUUCAGAUGCCAUGAGAAUGUCAACUUCACUGGUGUGUUAAAAAGUGAAUGAAUUAUGUCAUCAAUGCUUUUUCUUCCCCAUCCAGUUUUAAUACUGUUAAAAUUUUCAGAAGAUAAACUUUGCAUAUUAUAUGAAAUUCUACAUGGUUGGGGGAAAAUUAUGAGAUGAGUAACCUAAAGAAAAGCAUUCAUUCUUCUUUUCUUGUAAAACAAACCUUGUAAAAAAUAACAUAACAUAACCCCAUAGUUUUACACUGUCCAUGUUCAGUUGGAAAAUGAAAGUGAUGGAGGAUAAGUAGGUCUACAAAUGAGAAUUUGGGAAAAAAUGAUCAAGGGUAUUUUUGGUAUGGUCAAAUACCUAACUUAAGAACACAGUGUACGCUACCGGAUAACAUUGUUCUCUUGAAGUUAUGGCUGAUCAGCUGUGGGGAUCUUGACAUCAGUGGUCUACUUGGUAUCCCCCAAAACAUGUUUUACCACACUACUGAAUGUACCAGCAAUUACUUAAACUGUAUAUUGCUUCGGGAUAGCUUCAGAACAUCUCAUCUCACCUCUGAGAUGAAGAAGGGUCAAAUUUGGCUGAACAUAUAUCUGCAGUCUUCCAGGCACCAUUCAAAUCUCAGAAGGGUGCCAUUUCAAGGCAGGCCCAUCCAAUCUCAAGAGCUCAGAUAAAAUGGGACUUUCCCAGCUCCACUGGGCAAGUAACUGAAAUGCUUAAAGAAAGGUGAGCUUAUGGUAGUAAACUGCCAGGCGUUUGAUUGUGCCGCAAUGCCCAAUCCCUACCACGAAUGGUCCUUCUUGUGAAAAGACUGGGUAGUCUACAUGAGUUACCUUGCAAGAGUGAGAUACUUAGGGAAAUUGUGGAACUUCUAUUUCCACUGAUCACCUGGGUUGGCCAGAGGAAGUGAGGCCCGUAGUCUCCUAAAUCCAGACAUGAGCACUAUUUGACUCCUGGACUGUAUGUAAAGGUGGGACGUUGAAUGAUUAAAGAGCCUUACUGCUCCCCUACUUAUCUGAUGCCUGUGAAAUUCAACCACCCAUCCAGAUGCCUCUUUUCAGUCUUGGGUAACAGAUACCUUGCCAGAGACCUCUAUGUGCCCCCUAAUAUCAUUUCCAGCUGACAAACACCCUUAACAUUUUCUCACAAAGACCAACUAGUUGCUGCACGUGGUUGUCAGAUUAAAGAGGUUCACAUUGUUUCUUCCCCAGAAGGUGUAGGACUCCCCGAUUCUGACUUUCUGCACCUGCCAGAGAGGGGUGGGGUACAUUCCUGACCUUUCCCCUCACAUAAAAGCCACAUCUGGAAGCCAUCAGCCAAGAGCUCAGGGGAUGUCCCGAAAUCCCUGAAAUCAAUCUGGAGUGCGUUGGGCCCCUCCAGUACAGUAUCUGGCACUGUCAUCUGCAGGAGGAUCUUGAGGGUCUCUAGCCCUUCCUGUCGUGCUACUCUGAAGUCUUUAUGAAGAGGACUUUUGUUACACUGGGUAGGCAAGAAUGCAUCUUAAGAAUCCAGAAAAGGAUGGGAUGGAAGCUGACCUUUCUUUUUAUAGUGCUUUGCUAUUAAAUAACCAUAAUACUGCAGCCUCAUUAACCUCCUGUUUCCACUGUCACUUUCACGCAGUAUUAUAAAGGGCAAAAUACAAGUGAAUUUACAUGUUCUUUUAUACAUAACAUACACGCACUAGUCAUUUACUUUGGGUUUUGUUUUAAAAGUUUUUUAAGAGUCAGAGCUAAAAAGUCUUUGUUGAAAUAAUACCUACAGUAUUGAAUAGUUAAUCCCAUGGUCCACUGAUUCACACUACCCUAGGUGAGGGCUAUGUGUCCAGGAGAAGUAUUUUAUUUCAUUAAUUCCUUUGGCUUCAGACAAAAUUGUGAAGUCACUAUUAUCAGUAGUGAAUUCUUCCAGUCUGCACAUGUGGGAUAUUUUCUAAGUGGACUUGUAUGCUGAUAAUUCUAGACCAAAGUAAAUAUGGCAGAAUAUUUAUACAUGAAAAGAUAAUUUUACAGAUAUUUUCUAUAAUUGUAUCAUUCGUAAAUAAAAAUUAAAAUAAAAUGCUGAUAGCUUGUGUUCGUUUUGGGGGAGGGUUGUAUAUUUUGAUUAAAAAACAAAACAACAAAAAAACCACCUUGACUUUGUAAUUCUGUAUAUUCUAUACAGUUUCUAGCAGAGCAGUUUUAAGACAGUAUCUUAAUGUUUAUAGUCAAUUGUGGAAAAUUUAUUUUAAGUCCUAUGUUAAAGUAAUGAGUCGAGUACCAAUGACCAAAUUAGAACUGACGUAAAUGUAAACUGAACAUAUCGUAUGCUGUACAUGAUAGACUUUCACUUGCUAUGUUAUAGCAUCUGUAUUUUGUUUAGAAAAUAUUAUUAAAUGAAGGUGUAAAGGGUUGGAAAAAGUCUAAUUUUAUUUUUAGAAAGAAUGAAUAUAAAUUUGGUUUUGCUUGAUUAAAAGCUCGCUUACUCUGAUUUCUAGUCUCUUUUUAAAUAUCUCGAAUGGUCCUUCUUUUGUACCAGCAGGCACUGUACUUUUUCAGACUGAUGUUGAACAUUUGAUUUGCCUGCUGUAUUUCUGUUUCCUCGUUUGUUCAUGCACAGUGAAACGGCAACAUGACAGUGACCUUCCAAUCUAGGACUAAGAAGGAACAUGGCAUUUUUUAGAAGGUGGCACCAUGAAAGACAAAAUACUCUGGUAUUUUGGUUAAUCUUAAAGUAUGGUCCAUUGCACAGAGGUGUUUGAUAAAUGUUGGAAUGAAUGAAUAAAUGAAGAUGCUAAUACAU